AUGUCCUCUGCUGCGACGACUCCGCCAGAUUACAGCCUGGUUCAUCCUGUCCCCGGGCUAGGAAAGGCCCUGGCUUACGAACCCAGGAAGGGGGAAGACCCAUUGUAUAUUGGGACUCUCUUUCCAUCUGCCCUUUCGUCUGGGGAUCUCGACCAAGAAGGCCGUGCAAUACUCCCGCUGACGACGCUCCGCGAGUUCAGUAUGUUGCAAUUCAUGAGCGCAAUUACCGAUAAGGAAAAUUGGCAUAUCAAGAUCCUCGAUGACGAGAUUGCGAACAAGUGGAAGACCGAAGGCGUUGAAGCUGCUAGAGCUGCCCUUCUCAAGCAGUGGGCGACGGAGGAUAGCAGAUCUUCCUAUGCCAGAAGUCAAGCACAGGACUGGGCCGAGGCUGGUGAUGGGGGUGGAGAAGAUGAUUCAGGCUACCAAGACAGGGAAUCCGGGGAUGAAGGCGACAAUACCGACGAAGAAGAAGAGGACGAUGGCAUCGACCAGGACCUUGAAAACGCCAUCACCACCGCCCUCGAGCGAUGGCCCAUCUAUACUGCACGACGAGACGAAUCUGCCUUGACCGAUACUAUGGCCGAUUUUUCCAUUGCCGAACUACGUCACAAGGCUCGUUCAUUCCAGAACUCGCCUAACGGAGCCAUCGUUGUUGUCGCGCCCAUGUCCAGCUUAGGUGGACAGGCAGACCGUGUUGUCUACAACGGCAAUGUGGUCAAGUCGGAUACUGCGGUGUCACCCGAAACCAAGACUGCACUCCAAAAGGCUGUUGAACCACUCGAGAACGUGCCCGAUCAGCAGAAGGAUUGGCAUCCAGGUUCUGACGAGCAGGUUCUGGACCUCGUUCACCCUAGCCUGUUUCCGCUGGUAUACAAAAAGACCAAGGUCCUCCCCGUGGGUGCCAAGGUCACGAGUCUUGAAGACUGCAUCAAGCGAUGCGGUGAAGGCACGCCAGUCACAGUCGCGGACGAGGCGCCUGAACCUUGGGUCGGAGGGAGCAGUGCUUCGGGGACGACCACCCCCUGGAGCGACAAGUUCCAGUGGCUGCCUUGUGAAGUAGACGUGUCGGACGAUAGACCCAAGAUUCUUUCGUACAUCAACAACUUACAUCCUGAGAAGCACCAGGAUCUUUACCGUGUCAUCGAGGACGUUAUCGCUGGUGCCAUUCCCCUUUGGGAUCUCGCCCUCACGCCGCUCGCAGACCCCGACUUCAAGUACCACCAACGGAUCACGUACGAUCGCGUCCACUAUGACCCUGACCCGGAGGAGAUGUUUGAGGAUGACGGGGGUCCUAAAGAGGGGGAUGACUUGAACGAAAAUAUCGACUAUUGGGAUCUUAGACGAGAGUGGGAGACCCGGAAUAGGAGGGUUGUUCUGCCCGAUGUUGAUAAACCUUUCGAUCCAACGGACUUUGGACAACCAGCGCCAUUCUCGCUCAAGGGUCUUAUGAGGGACGGUCGGCCCCUCCAGAUUAUCGUCAAACUCGCCAAUAUUGUUCUUACGCCUGAGAAGCCGAGGUAUGGUGGUGGGACUUGGCAGGUUGAAGGGAAAUUGGUGGGUGCUCUCUUUCCAAAUAUCCAUCCUUCUGGGAUCAUUGAUGUCGAAGAUGCCUCCCAGAACGAACAUAUCGUCGCCACAGCCAUCUACUACUACUCAUCCUCCAACAUCACAACGUCCUCGCUUUCAUUCCGCCAGCUCUCUGACGCCGAGGCUGCCAGCCAAGUUCGCUACCCUCAACACAACCAUGACUGGUUGACGGAUAUCUUCGGAGGGUAUGAUGAUGAGGGGUCAGUACAGGACGUAGGGAGUGUAGUCACGUCUGAAGGGCGUCUUCUCACCUUCCCUAACAUACUCCAACACAAAGUCGAGCCGUUCUCGUUGGCGGACAAGAGUAAACCCGGUCACCGCAAGAUCCUUGCUCUCUUCUUGGUUGAUCCGCAUAUCCGGGUGAUUAGUACGGCGCAUGUGCCUGCCCAGCGGAUUGAUUGGUGGCGUGAAGAGCUGGAGAAGGAUCAGGGCACUUCCACGAACAAUGGGAAGGGAUUACAGAAGUUGCCGGUUGAGCUGCGGGAUUAUGUUUAUGAAGAGGUGGAUGGAUUCCCGAUUAGCCUUGCGGAGGCCAAGGCACUCAGGGAGGAACUGAUGGAGGAGAGGAAGAAGUUUGUGAUUGAUAAUGGGGAGCUGUUCGAGAAUGCGGUUACCUUCUCGCUCUGUGAACAUUAG